AUGAAACACAUGCUGCCAUCGUUUCACACCCCGGAGCUCAUCGAGGAAACAAAUGGACCUGCUGCCUUCAGCCUGACCGCACCGUGCUGCAGUCGGACUCAUUCGGCCGUGACUCUGGGCGACUGGAGCGAUCCGUUAGAUCCUGAUGCUGAAACACAGAUCAUUUAUAAAGAGCUGCUGCAGGGCCGAGACAAACUCAGGAAGCAGUACCUGGAUACACAGGAAGUGGAUGCAGUGGAACAGGAAGUGCCGCUGAAGGCCAGUCAGCCGUCAUCAGUGUCUGCACAGGGACGAUCUGAGCGUGCUCGAGCCCUCGUCGCUCGUCUGCUGGACGUUGUGCUGGAUUUAGAGCGAGCGCAUUCGUCCUUCCAGAGCCGAGAUCCAGACGAGAGCCUGCGCUCAUAGAGACGACCAGCUUCAGGAACAACAACUCACUCAGACUGACUGUAAAUCAGAUUAUGCAAUGUUUUCCAAUCAGACUCCAGUUAUUGAUGGAUGUCCGUGGAAACAUUUUUACAUAUUUGUACUUUGAAGUGUUUUAUUAUCUUGAUGCUCUGGGGUGUUUUUAUGGAGGGCCAAAUUACUCAAAAUUAAAUCAUUAAAUAAAUGUUGAAAUGUAUAAAAAAAUCGUUAAAUACAUAAUUAAAUAAUUA